CGUUCCUCCCACAAUAGCAAAUGAGUUAGUCAAAGAAAAGAAGAAAAGAAAAAGAGUUGAGAAUAAGAUGAGGGGAGUGGAGGCAGAGCUUCAAACAUGGCAAGCACAUGAGGAAUGUGACAACAAGAAAGAAUUGGUAGAGCAACUUAAAGAGGCUCGAAAGAGAAUUACUUCAUUGGAAAAAGACAACCAACGAUUGGAGGUAGACCAGCACAUGGACAAUCC